UUUUUUCCUCAGGCGCGCUAUGGACACCCUAUAGAUUUGGGUCUUUUUGGAGAGGUGUCGCUGCUCUGAUGAUUUUAGUAAAUCUGUUAAGUGAGCUGUUUUCUUCUGGUUUAACUUCGCCUGGUCUCUUUCUGUGAUAAUAUGCAAAGAUGUACCUUAUUAUGCUAAAAUGAACUUAAAAAUGUCUUUACUGAUAGAGAAAUUAAUCGGUGUGAGAUAUUUAACGGUGAGAUAACUACAAUACCCAGGUUUAAUCACUGACUGAGAUUUUAAUAAUUUACUAAUCGCUGGGUAGUUUCAUUAUUUUGCUUCGGUUGUCGGCGAUGCUGAGUAAUGACAGGUUACAAAGUGGAAGGUUAAUAACGUUUAGGUUUCUGUGUGAGUCAAAGCACGGUUAUCGGCACCAAAACAGCAGGAAACCAUGUUGAACGCCGCUGUCAAGGAAAGAGAUUCUUGCCUUUUAAAGUAACAUUUUAUAAUCAGGUUUAAAAUCCUUCCUUCUUUUAUUUGGAUUUUCCAAAGUAGUAUUAGCUUUCGGUUUGUUUGAACCAUGCAUGCUGGGAGUCACGGACUGGAGUAGGGACGGUGUCUGGUUACUUUAACCAAAGAUGGCCAGGCAGUGUGUGAUCGGCAGUAAAGAUGGACUGGUCACGGCGCACUCGUCCUGGGUUUUCUCUUCGUCUUCUCAUGAAGACAUCUUGUCUCUCCAAACCGGGAACAACCCGGGGGAUUACCCCGAAGACGGCGAGACCGUUCCUGUGUUCCUACAGCAGGACCCCGAGGACGAAAUGCUCCCCUGCGAGCUGCGACUGCAGUGCGCCCCCGGCUCUUGCUCUGACAUGGCCUGGCUGCAGGUCGUGAGUGAAGCGCGGACCAUGGAAGUGUAUUGUGGGUCCGAGUACUGCGGUACCUGCCGAGGCGAGCGAGUUAGCAGCCUGCAAAUCAACGGUGUUAGCGACAGCAUUUCCUUGUAUCGGAAACAACUAAAAUUAGACAGUCCUUCUAGAUCUUGUGAAGUGAAGCUGCUGUCUCUUGGUGGCCAAAAGAAAGUGGGAAUCAGUAGGAUCGUAGUGGGAGUGAAGCCUGCUGGGAAACUGGGGAGCCCCCCUUGUGUGGGGAGCAGCAUUGACCUGCAGCGUGUGCGGGCCAUGAUGGAGUCCAUGGGUACCACCCUCUCUCCCGGAGCGCAGAACCUCAUGGACAUGGUGCAGUUUCAGCAGGAGAAUAAACCUGAUGUCCUGGGGGGAUUUCUGCCUCUUCUGUUGGGCAGUGGACCACUGGCAGCUCUGGUGAAAGGAGGCUCAGAGUCCCGAUCAACAGCACACACAGACUUGCACACCUCCAGGGACAUCCAGUGCACAGAUCUACUGCCUGCCCAAGAGAGCAAGUCAGAAAGUGCUGAUGCUCCCAGCAUUGUGAAUAGUACCUGCAUAGAUAAGACUUCAGCCACUGGAGAACAGCAGCUUCCAACAGUGAAUACUAAUUCUUCUGAACAGAUAUAUACAGAUGUGAUAUCAUCCUUUCUGAACGGUCAGGCCAGGAGGAAGCAGUGUAGCUUUAGCCCUGAAUUGCUACCUGUCCUACGUUUCCUUUGCAUGUUUCUCAGGCAGGAUCACUCCUGCUGUUGUGCUGUGGAACAGGCUUUACAGAAACGGCUGGAGGAGAUGGAGAGGAGGCUGAUGGAGCACAUUGACCAACGCCUCAGUGCCCUGCAGGACAGUCUGGAGAGCAGGGUGUUGUCAGCACUGCCCCACAGUGUCCAGACGGGCAAAUCCCACUGCAGCUGCAGAACAGUGCUGCUCAAUGGAGAUAUAUGAGUAGGGUGUACCUCUGGCAGGAAUGCUAUUACUUUGUGAAAAGCUUCAAUCCUAAAUCCUUUUUAGGUGACUGAAAAAUGUACUGGUAGCAGAUGUGUCCUAGUCCUUUGAUGGCACUGAAGAGAACAGGUGUCUAAAAGUGUUUCUUUUGUCCUCAUUUGUUUUUUAUUGGUGCUUCUGCUCUUAAGGUAUUUUUCAGAAGGGAAGACACAAUGGGGAAAAAAGUGACAUACCAAAAAUCACAGCAAAGAACUGCAGUAUAGAUGCCUGUGAUGAUCUUUUAAUAAAUCCUGCACAUGUCCAUGUUAACAGAAAAGGGCUUUUAACUUUUAUGUGCUAUGUUUUUAGUUUUAUUUUUUUUAACCCAAAGAUCUUGUUAGAACUAAGAUUGGCAGUCAUUACAUCUGAAAAUUAAAGUUUUGGAAUUAUGUCUGAAAAGGGAGAUGUCACAGUCAAACAUCAUGAAGAAUAUAUUAGUUCAAUCUUGCUAGGCAGUAUUGUACAUGCAAGUCCUGUCACAGAAUUCCAUGGGUUGGUCUGAUUCUUCACCCACCAGAGAGAGCAAAUUAAAGGGCUUCUCUGAAC